UAAUUCGGUCACUAAUGCUCAAAAAGAACCGUUGGCGAUUUUAUGGGAGGUAGAAGAUAAAAAAGUACUCGAGUUAUUGAAUGUUGAAAAGAAAUUAAUCAUGGUGGAUGGAAUCUUACAGCCAUUAUUAGACAAGUUUAGUUCAAGCUUUGGAGGAUCUUACAUAGAUGUAUUCAAGGAAAAAGUAUUUAUUAAUACACUAGAUUUUUCUAAAACUAAGAAUAUAGAAUCCACGUCUGAGAUAAAGCCGUAUAAAAAUUUAUUAGAAUUCAAACCUGCAUCCAAUUCUCUAGUUGAAUUAAGAUCCAAGUUUCAAACAAUAUGUAAAAUAGCUGAACAAAAUCUCCCAAAAAACGUAGAAAUAUUUAUUGAUAUGGAACAAAAUAAUGUAGUUGUACAGAUAAAACGCAAACUUGGUGAUAGAAAAUUUAUUGAUAGCAUCAUGCCACUUAAACCGCUAAUCAUAUUUGUGAGAGAACAAACAUCACCAUCUAAUUCAAGUCAAUCAUCUAAUUCAAAGCUUAUGACGGAUAUGAUAUUUGCAGAUAUGAUUAAUAUCGGAGGUGAUAGCGGAGGGAGUGUGUUUACUUAUUCGAAUGAUUUAAGAUCAGUAAACUUAGUUGGUAUAUUGAGUUCAGGUAACCUUGGAGUGAAACGUAAUGUUAUUAGUACAAUUCAACCAUUAAAAGUAAUUCUCGAGACAUUAGAUCUAGUACUUGUUGUAUUAGGUCAAGUAGUCCAUGUUUAA